GGGCUCCCAAACCAGUCUGCUUUCCCAUGCUUGUCAGUUUGGCAAAGAAAAUUUGGGCAGGUAUGUGACGAGGUGAAAAUUGACUUGAUGAGCGAGUGGCAAGGAGAGCCAUCAAUCACUGGGGGCUGACAACUCCUCCCCAAAGUGUAGGCUGAGAAGAGAGACAGAGUUCCCUUUCAAGGGGAAAAAUAAACACUACGUGUGGCUUUCACUGAGUCUGAGACUCCAGGAGGGAUUAUGGUAUUGUAGUCAGGAAGCCAGAAUUGUGGAGGCCAAAAAGCAUGCUGGGGCUGUGUUCCAAACAUUGAGAUAGAGGUACAUAAUUAUCCAGCGCAGGAGGUCUUUCCAGGGACUCGUCCCCCAGCAACUGUGGCAAUUAAACUAUGAAAAGAAUUUGGUUUCGUUUCGUCUUCCGCUGGACUCCGCUUCUUUUGGGAGAGGGCAAUCCUUGAAGCCUGCUUGCUGUCCUGGCGGUAAAGAGUGCCUUGGCUCCAUGGAUGGGUGCAGAGCUGUGAUUUUUGCGCUGUUGCACCUUCGCAAGCCAGGAUUUUGGGUUUGCUGCUGCCCUGUGGAUGAAGAAUCCCUUCUUUCUGCCGGCAGAUGUUGAGGUGCAGGAGCCAACAAAAACCUUCAGCAGCAGCCGUCGUUCCAAGGGAGGAGGCAUUACCCUGGCCGAAGGCACGACUUUCUCUCCAUGCUUCUCUAGAGGUGUUCAGAUGGGAUUAAAGUCCACAUGGAGAUAUGGAAAUGGACCAGGAAUUUACUCUAAAAAGAUGGUCAGCUGGGAUUCGGGUUGCCUUAUCUGCCUGGUGGUGGUCACCAUGGCUGGACUUUGCCUGGCUCGACCUUCAUUUAAUUUAGUUGUUGAAGACACCACGGUGGAACCCGAAGGGGCGCCUUACUGGACGCACACGGACAAAAUGGAGAAGAGGCUCCACGCCGUGCCGGCCGCCAACACCGUCAAGUUCCGCUGCCCGGCCAUGGGGAACCCAACGCCGACCAUGCGCUGGCUGAAAAACGGGAAGGAGUUCAAGCAGGAGCAUCGCAUUGGCGGGUACAAGGUCCGUAACCAGCACUGGAGCCUCAUCAUGGAGAGCGUGGUGCCGUCGGACAAGGGGAACUACACGUGCAUAGUGGAGAACCAGUACGGGUCCAUCAACCACACCUACCACCUCGAUGUGGUUGAGCGCUCCCCGCACCGGCCCAUCCUGCAGGCGGGGCUCCCCGCAAACGCCUCCGCCGUGGUCGGCGGCGACGUCGAGUUUGUCUGCAAGGUCUACAGCGACGCCCAGCCCCACAUCCAGUGGAUCAAGCACGUGGAGAGGAACGGCAGUAAAUACGGGCCCGAUGGGCUGCCCUACCUGCAGGUUUUAAAGGCUGCCGGUGUUAACACCACGGACAAAGAAAUUGAGGUUCUCUAUAUACGGAAUGUAACUUUUGAGGAUGCUGGGGAGUAUACAUGCUUGGCGGGUAAUUCUAUUGGGAUAUCCUUUCACACUGCAUGGUUGACAGUUCUGCCAGCUCCUGAGAAGGAAAAGGAGUAUCCAACCUCUCCAGACUACCUGGAAAUAGCCAUUUACUGCAUAGGGGUGUUCCUGAUUGCCUGCAUGGUGCUGACAGUGAUCGUGUGCCGCAUGAAGAGCACCACCAAGAAGCCGGAUUUCAGCGGCCAGCCCGCCGUCCACAAGCUGACCAAGCGAAUCCCCCUGCGCAGACAGGUGUCGGCCGACUCGAGCUCCUCCAUGAAUUCCAACACGCCUCUGGUGAGGAUCACCACCCGCCUCUCCUCCACUGCUGAUGCCCCCAUGCUGGCAGGAGUCUCGGAAUAUGAGCUACCAGAAGACCCAAAGUGGGAGUUCCCAAGAGAUAAGCUGACGCUGGGCAAACCCCUGGGAGAAGGUUGCUUUGGGCAAGUGGUCAUGGCCGAAGCGGUGGGGAUUGACAAAGACAGGCCCAAGGAGGCAGUGACCGUGGCAGUGAAGAUGUUGAAAGAUGAUGCCACAGAAAAAGACCUGUCUGACCUGGUGUCAGAGAUGGAGAUGAUGAAGAUGAUUGGGAAGCAUAAAAAUAUCAUCAAUCUUCUUGGAGCCUGUACCCAGGAUGGUCCUUUGUACGUGAUAGUGGAAUAUGCUUCCAAGGGGAACCUGCGGGAGUACCUGCGCACGCGCCGCCCGCCCGGCAUGGAGUACUCCUUCGACAUCAACAGGGUGCCCGAGGAGCAGAUGACCUUCAAGGACCUGGUGUCCUGCACCUACCAGCUGGCACGAGGCAUGGAGUACCUGGCUUCCCAAAAAUGCAUCCAUCGAGACUUGGCCGCAAGAAACGUUUUGGUAACCGAAAACAAUGUCAUGAAAAUAGCAGACUUUGGUUUAGCCAGAGACAUCAACAAUAUAGAUUAUUAUAAAAAGACUACUAAUGGACGGCUUCCAGUAAAGUGGAUGGCUCCAGAAGCUCUGUUUGACAGAGUUUACACACAUCAAAGUGAUGUUUGGUCAUUUGGUGUUUUAAUGUGGGAGAUCUUCACCUUAGGAGGGUCACCCUACCCAGGAAUCCCAGUGGAGGAACUUUUUAAGCUGCUUAAAGAAGGGCACCGGAUGGAUAAACCUGCCAACUGCACCAACGAGCUCUAUAUGAUGAUGAGAGAUUGCUGGCAUGCUGUGCCUUCCCACAGACCCACGUUCAAACAGCUGGUGGAGGACUUGGAUCGGAUUCUCACUCUCACAACUAACGAGGAGUACCUGGACCUCAGUGGACCUCUGGAGCAGUAUUCACCCAGCUACCCCGACACAAGGAGCUCGUGUUCCUCGGGGGACGACUCCGUGUUCUCCCCUGACCCGAUGCCUUACGAACCUUGUCUCCCCAAGUACCAGCACAUGAACGGGAGUGUGAAGACAUGAAAAGAGGAGCAAAGGGGCAAGAACACCAAGCUACCUGCAAAGCGAAAGCUUUUCUCCAGGACCUUCACGUUUCUGCUUGUACAUAGGAAAUAUGGGGGGGAAAAAAAAAAAAAAAAAAAGAAGGAAAAGGAAGAAAAACCACCCAAACCAAUUUGGAGGAAAGCAGUCAGGACCUACAUAAAGAUUCUCAUCACUUGCAGCUUUCAGAUGUUCCCGAGAAAGAAGAAUGUUUAUGAGCUGUGUCUAGAUACCCGUUGCUAUCAAUUUUCUGGCUUCCUGUGAGCUGCAACAGACUUUGUUUGUACAAUGGACCAGUUGGACUUGAGGCAAACUCCGGGUCUGCCUUUCUUGUUUAUUUUGUAAUAUUUGGAGAAAAUAUAUGUUGGCACACACUUACAGAGCACAAAUGCAGUAUAUAGGUGCUGGAUGUAUGUAAAUAUAUUCAAAAAUAUGUAUAAAUAUAUAUUAUAUAUAUUUACAAUGAAUUAUUUUUUGUAUUGAUUUAAAAAAAAUGGAUGUCCCAAUCCACCUAGCAAAUUAGUCUCUUUUUUAACAGCUAUUUGCUAAAUGCUGUUCUUACACAGAAUUUCUUAAUUUUCACCAUCCAAAGGUGGAAAAUACUUUGCUUUCAGGGAAAAUGGUAUAUCGUUAAUUUAUUAACUAAUUGGUAAUGUACAAAACAGUUAAUCGUUUAUAGGGUUGUUGUGUUUUUUGUAAUUUAAAUGGCAUUUCUAUGCAGGCAGCACAGAGGACUAGUAGAUAUAUUGCUCAGACUUUACUAGUUUUCAGAUCUUUAAGAAAAGAAAUAUUUACAGUAUAUAACUAAUUUGGGGGAAUUAAACUUUUGAUUUAUUUGUGUUUAAAAACUGCAGAUGAUUAUUCUUAUCAAAACCAAGCCCUUUACCAAGAAAGUCUUUUUCUUACAAGGUCCAAAAAGCAGAGCCAUUCCACUCCAAAAAAAAAAAAAAAAAAAAAAAGAGAAAAGAAAGAACAUUUUGAAGAAGGUUCUUAAAGUAAGGAAAGACACGAGUUGGUCUAUAACCACAGCAGAACAGACUGCUCUAAAAGGAGCUGAGCUUCUACCCUGAGUUGCACAUGCAUCAAAUUAUCUACAAUUCUCUUGCCUCAGUUGGAUAAUAGGUUCCAGACCUUUUGGCCUGGAUCUUUUUGCCUUUAUCCCUCUAUUGUAACUUAAGUUAAAAAGGGAGAAGUUGUUUAUAAUGACAACUUGCCAUAGGAAUAUCAGCAUCUUUUUAGGGGAUUAAUUCAUGCUGACUCCAGUAUUUCCUUCUGAACCAUUCCAUAACAGUAGGUGUAGCACUGGCCUCUGCUAGAAUAUCACUGUUGUUUCUGUCUUUUUUUUUUUUUUUUUUUUUUUUUUAAGGAUCUUGUAUUUUUACUUUCAGAACAUUCACAUUGAUAUGGCCAUGGAAUAUGAAUGCAAAUUUCACUUUUAUGUGGUGGUGUGUUUGUUUUGUUUUGUUGGUUUUUUUAAAAUAAGUUUAAUUGGGUAAAAUAAGUAUUAAAAUCUGUUAACUUUUGUACUGACAAUAAAAUGUUUCUACAGAUAUUAAUGUUAAAAUUACAAAAUAAAUGUCAUGCAGCUUAUUUUUCCUAA